ACUGAAUCGUUUUAUGACACGAGACGGUGAAAGGACCGCUGUGCGUAUCGUCCAAGCUUUACGGUAGCAUAUUAAAAAGAGGAAAUUCAGAAAGCUCCAGGCAGCCAGUCGGGAAAGCUGGACUGAGAUGAAAUGAUGCCUGUAGGUCGGGCUCUUUAGCACACUGAGUGUGUUUAGGGUGGACUGCGACCCACGUCUCACACGUACGAGACUGUCUGCCAUCGGCAGCUUUAUCCCUCUUCAAAGAAUCUUUAAGGAUGGGACUAAUUUCACUGCAGCGCUGAAUGUUUAGUGUCGCUUAAAAGGAACGCUUUUUGCAAAUCGCGUCGCGUGUUGCCGCGUUUCUGAGCGCUUGACGACCGAACUGUAACUUGAAAUCGUGACCAGCGAUAUUCGUCAAUGAAACGCGUUUGCGGCUACAACGUUGCAGCAAGCCUCGGGAGGUCCUGCGUGCUCAGUUGGUCUUAAAGGAGCAGCCAAAGCAGCACGCGAGGGUAAAAUGACUAUGUCCGUCCCAGAGAACAUAUCGGGGUCCGGGGGGAAAGAGGAGGAGAGUGAAGAUGAGAGUGAAAUCUUGGAGGAAAGCCCCUGCGGCCGCUGGCAGAAGCGACGGGAGCAGGUCAGUCAGGGAAAUGUCCCAGGCAUUGAGAGUGCGUACUUGGCCAUGGACACCGAAGAGGGGGUGGAGGUGGUGUGGAACGAAGUGCAGUUUUCAGACAAGAAGGUUUUCAAGUCCUUUGAGGAGCGGAUAAGGGAGAUGUUUGAGAACCUGAUGCAGGUGGAGCAUCCGAACAUUGUGAAGUUUCACAAGUACUGGUUGGACAUGAGAGAGAGCAGGGCUAGGGUGAUUUUUAUCACUGAAUAUAUGUCAUCUGGAAGUCUCAAGCAGUUUUUGAAGAAGACCAAGAAAAACCACAAAACUAUGAAUGUGAAGGCAUGGAAGCGUUGGUGCACACAGAUACUCUCUGCACUCAGUUACUUGCAUUCAUGUGAUCCACCCAUUAUCCACGGUAACCUGACCUGUGACACCAUCUUUAUCCAGCACAAUGGCCUCAUAAAGAUCGGCUCAGUUUGGCACAGGCUGUUUGUUAAUGUGUUUGCUGAGGCCAUUCAUGGGAAUGUGCAUCAGCAUCGAGAUGAGGUGCGCAACCAGCAUUUCUUUGCUCCAGAGUACGGCAUUGCUGCAGAUGACUAUGCCAUAGAUAUAUUUUCAUUUGGCAUCUGUGCCUUGGAGAUGGCAGUACUAGAAAUCCAGGCCAAUGGAGACACUGCUGUUUCGAAAGAGGCUAUUGAUCAUGCUGGACAAUCACUUGAGGACCCUCUCAUGAGGGAAUUUAUCCAGUCGUGUGUGCGCACAGAAGCCAAGACGAGACCUACAGCUCAUGACCUGCUGUUCCACAGAGUGUUAUUUGAGGUCCACUCCUUAAAACUGCUUGCGGCGCACUGCUUUAUCAAUAACCAGUAUCUCCUUCCUGAGAAUUGUGUGGAAGAGAAAACGAAAUCUUUUGACCCUAACGGCAUUAUGGCAGAGAUUAAUCACCGUGACCGACCUGGAGUCCAUCUAAAGUACUCUCACGUUUCUCCUCUGGAGCUUGAUAAAUUCCUUGAGGAUGUGAAGAACGGCAUAUAUCCCCUCAUGAACUUUGCUUCCCAGCGGCCGCAUCCUAUCCCCCGCGCUCUUUCUUUGUCACAGGAACAGAUGGAGACUGUGAAGACCCCAACCCCAGAACCACAGGAGACUGAAACCAGAAAGGUUGUCCAGAUCCACUGUAAUUUGGAAGCGAAUGAGGAAGGCACGAGAAGUCAUCUCUCGCUCUUUUUAAAAAUGGAUGACAGGCUGCACCGGCAGCUUAGCUGUGAUGUUUUGCCUUCUGACAGUCCCAAAGAUUUGGCUAGCGAGUUGGUUCACCAUGCUUUUAUCAGUGAGGAAGACUGCGAGAAGUUGGCGUGUUUUCUUGAGGAUGCAUUAUGUAAGCACUGGUCAGGGACGUCCACCUCCCCUACUGCCAUGGCUGUGAUGUACUAGGUCCAGCUGGUCGCAUAGACAAACAGAGAUUAAAGACUGGGCCAGAGCAUGAGGAAAAAGAUAUGGCGAGACAUCUGGAAGAGGGAAAUGAGACCAAAAUCGCAACAUUACAUAAAGAAGGUCAUGACAGGAUGGCUUCAGAAUAAGAUGGGCCUGGGAAGGAAAGCUUGCACCAUACCGUAUGGUACCUGCACAAACUCCAAAGAGCUCAAACUGUUCAUUUUGAUCUUGAAGGCUGAAUUACUGCUAUCAUCUCACCAUGACGAACGUUUCCAUCACUUGCAGAGGUUCUGCUUCAGUGCCAGAAUUUUUUUUUUUUUUUUUUUUUAAGAGUUUAAAGGGUUUUUUUCAUCCCUCCAAGUCAUUGUGCCUACAUGGCAUAAUCUAUCCUCAUCUCGCAAAGGACAAAAUCUCAAACAGACAGUUUUGUUCCAGAUAAAUGUGUUAUUUAUUAUUUUAAACAAUUAAUACAUGGUCUUGGUAUACAUGUUUAAACGUUCAAGCAAGGAUGUGCGUUAAAAUGUUUGAGUCUACAUUUCUAAAUUAUCUUUUUCUGUAUGCUUUUACAAGCUGAUGUUAAGCAAACGAAUGUAAGGUACUAUGACAAAAGUGCUCUUGGCACCUAUUAUACUAAUAUAUUUCUAUUUCUUUUUUUAAACUUAAUUUCUUGCUCUUAAUCUUGAAUUUUUAAUCUUAAUCUGUUAUGUUUAUGUUGACCUCAAUUUCUUUUUUUCAUGCAUAUGGUAACUUUGCAGAUGUUUGUAAACAGUGGCAAUGGCUGUUUUCUUAAGUAGUACGUUACCAUUCAAACAUUUUAGAUCAGUAAGAUUUUGGGGAUUUUUGUAAGAAAUUAAUUAUUUUAUCCAACAAGGGGAUCAUUAAGUUUAUUAAAAAUGACAGUAAAACUUUUACAUUGGUAUGAAACAAUCUGGUUUUAUUAAAUGCUGUUCUUUUAAACUUUCUAUUAACCGUAGAAGUUUGAAGAAAUGUUUAUAUUUUGUGGUCUCCACAAAUAUUAAGCAGCAUUUUGUUUUUACAAUAUUACGGUUUUACUGUAUUUUUGAUAAACCUCUUUCAAAAAAUAUUUUACAAAAUCUUUCUGACCUCAAAUACACAUCUGAUAAUUUCUCAAUUUUAAGCAAUAAAGCAGAAUAGCACUUCGUCUAGAUGUCUUUUACCAAGAAAAAAGCUGAACUAAAGUCUUUAAAUUUCAGUUAAACGUUUGCUUUUAUUCAUUUAGCAGAAAUAUGUAACCAAAGCAAAUGAUGCAAAUACAAACAAUUUAUCAUAAGAGCCUUUUGAGCAGCUAAUGACACAGGGGUCCUGUUCAUGAGUUUAACAAUGUUGACAUGGGAUUUUUUUAUUUGCCUUUUAAAUGUGAAUAUGACCUGAUCCUAGAUCAGUUGACUGCUCAGAGCUAUUUAACACAUUUGGGCCAGGUUUACUUUUAAUUCUUUCUUUGUCCCUUACACUAAUUAAUGCGUAGCGAUAGCACACAAUAAACUGACUGUUGACUAAAUCAUAAGAAACAAUGGUUUACUUUAAGAAAUCCCUCCAUUGGGUAAGAAGGGCUUUUAUUCUGUUUGGCAUUUACAUUUUACCACAGUAUGUGUAUAUUUUAUGUCAUAUAAAAUGAUUCAUACACUACUUCGUAUGUAUUCCAUAUGGGAGAACUUGAAUCAUGUCAAGGCCAAAGACGUACUGGGUGCAAUGCUGGCAAGUCUGGGUACUACAUUGCAAAUAUAACAUCCUGUAUUUGACUGAUACUUGCAUAUUUACAACAGUAUUCAUUCUAUGAAAACAUCCGUGUUGCCAUGCCGUCCAAAGCAAUAGUAUCUGUUUUAGGGAUGCUUUCAGUACUGUAUUCUCCAAUGGCUUUGACUUCCCAAUAUUACUUAAAAACAUGUGCAUGUCAGGAAAGGAAUGCUUUUACAGAAUUGUUAGUUUUUGUUAUAUUGGCAUGGUAGUAAAAUGGAUGUAUUGCAGCUUCAGAAAAAAUAUUACAAGGGAUCUCCAUUUAUUCUUGCAAAUUGAAAUAAUUCAGAAAAAAAGUCACCAUCCUCCCAUGCAGUGUUAUGAGACUCCAAUGUCUUGCAAUGUAAUAAAUUUGUACGUAGAUACAAGAGACAUGAAUGUACAGUGAGUAAUAAUUUUAAUAUACUCUUCCUCAUUCCUGGUGUCAUUUCUCAUCUUAAUCGAAUGCAUUAACCAGACUUUGGGCAGUUUUAUUUUAUUUUUAUUUGUGUUGAAAUUGUAUACUGUGACAUGAAAUACUAUUACAUUAAAAUAAAAAAUUAACAAUUUAA